GACCGUCUGUGCGCACGCGCCCACUGGGAUUGCGCUGCUCGAACCUUCAGGCGGGUUUGGACCUGCAUGUCAGAAGCCUGUGCAUCACUUGCUGUUGUUCAGCUCCGAACGAACCGAGCCGAGAGUCCAGAACCUGCACCUGCUGAAGUGCUGUGAUGCCUUCCAUCAGUCUCUCUGUGGUGCAGAAGAUUGACCAGAGAUGAGCGUAAUUGUUGCUGCUGUCAUGCAACCAGUGGGAAAACUGCAAUCCAGGAGGGGUGCUCGUCUUCAGAUGCUGCUGGUGUGUCUCUUGCCUCUCCUGUGGCUGCAGCCUGCAACAAGUAGCGUUGCUGCAGACGCCAAGGCGUGGAGACAGACAGGCCCACGACUGCAGAUCUCAUACUCAGAUCUGACCAAUGGUUCAGCUGUAGUCUGGGAGGGAGGAGUCAAUGGCAGCUACCAGGCCCUGCUGCUGGGUGAGGAUCACGGCUGGCUGCUGGUGGGAGGGAAAGACCACAUCUAUCUGCUGAACCCAGACAGCGUGGAUCUGCCCACACGGACGAUCUACUGGCCUGCAGCACAAGAAAAUGUGGAACGCUGCAAACUGGCUGGAAAAAGUUUGGAGAGGGACUGUGCCAACUUUGUGCGUCUGCUGCAGCCUUUCAAUAAGACCCAUGUCUAUGCGUGUGGUACCGGAGCCUUCCAUCCACAGUGCACGUACGUGCACCUUGGUUACAACUCAGAGGAGCCGCUGUUUGUGCUGUCCGGUUCAGACGAGUCCGGCAGAGGAAAGUGUCCCUUCAGUCCCAGAGAGCCCUUCGCUGUCUUCCUCACUGAUGGCGAGCUGUAUGCAGGCACAUCGGUGGAUUUUAUGGGAGCCAAUGCUGCGAUCUUCCGGACGUCAGUCAUGGGGAGCAGUCAGCAUUACAUCCGUACUGAAGCCUAUGAUCACAACUGGCUCAAUGAGCCAGACUUUGUGAGCUCUUUCUCCAUCCCUGACACCCACAGUCCAGAUGACGAUAAAAUCUACUUCUUCUUCAAAGAGAAGGCAGUGGAGGCUGAGCAGUGGGACAGAAGGGUCUACAGCCGUGUGGCACGAGUCUGCAAGAAUGACCUUGGGGGAAAAAGGAGUCUGAUCAACCGCUGGACCACCUUCCUCAAAGCCAGGCUGGUCUGUUCUGUUCCCGGUCCGUCAGGAGUCGACACGCACUUUGAUGAGCUCCAGGACAUCUUUGUUCUGGAAACCAAGGAUCCUCAAAACCCGACCAUCUACGGUGUCUUCAGCACGUCCAGCUCCAUAUUUCAUGGUUCAGCUGUGUGUGUCUACUCCAUGGCUUCCAUCCGUGCUGCUUUCAAUGGACCGUUUGCCCACAAAGAAGGCCCUGAUUAUCGCUGGGUAGAAUACAAGGGCCGCGUCCCCUACCCAAGACCUGGAGCUUGUCCCAGUGAAACCUACGACGCCCAGCACAAGUCCACCAAGGACUUCCCGGAUGAGGUGGUGAGCUUCAUGCGGCAGCACCAGCUCAUGUGGGAGCCCGUUCUUCCUCUGGGCAACAGGCCCGUCAUAACCCGGGUCGGCUCUUCCUCCCUGUUCAGGAAGGUUGUAGUCGACAGAGUUGAUGCUGAAGAUGGACCUUAUGAUGUCUUACACCUGGGCACAGAUGAUGGGAAGCUGCUGAAGGCAGUGUCUGUCAGUAAAGACAACGGGGUGACAGAAGAGAUUCUUCUGGAGGAGCUGACUGUUUUCCAGAGUCCAGCUCCCAUCUUGAGAAUGGAGCUGUCCACCAAGAGAGAACAGCUGUUUGUGUCCAGUGAACUUGGCGUGGUUCAGCUCGGCCUGCAGAGGUGUGCACUGUACGGUCCAGACUGCGCCCAAUGCUGCCUUGCCAGAGACCCCUACUGUUCCUGGGAUGGACAUACGUGCUCCAGAUAUUUCUCCACAGCCAGGAGGCGUGCACGGCGACAAGACGUGAAGUACGGAGACCCCUGGAGUCAAUGCCAGAAGUACGAUUCUGUGGCGGUGAGGCCGGAAAAACCAGUGUUUGCAGUCGAAGGGAACUCCACCUUCCUGGAAUGCUCCCCUCCGUCUCCGGAGACCCGGCUCGUUUGGUCGGUGCAGCUGUCAAACAGCCAGAAGCAAACUGUCGGUCAAAAGAGCAAAGAGCUCCUUCAAAGUGAAGACCAUCGCUCCCUUCACAUGAAGAGAGGGUUGCUGGUUCAGCACCUGCAGCUGGCUGAUGCAGGCCUCUACAUGUGCAUCAGUCACGAGCAGUCCUACAGUCAGGUUCUGGAGCGGUACCGUCUUCACAUCAUACCUAACCACCACGUCCCGCCUCCCUACUACCACCACCACCACCACCAGGACCUGUUAGUUCUAGGAAAGACCAGCUCAGCUGGGGGCGGAGCUGCUCAUCCAGGGUCUCUGCUGCUGGGACACAGGAACCAAUGGCAGCCCCAGCGUCUUCCUCCGAAGAGCUACAAAGACCUGCAGCUGGUGGGGGGCAACGGCUUGAGUGUGGACGAGUACUGCGAGCAGCUGUGGUACCGUGAGAAACGCAGGCAGCAGAAAAUGCGCACUCUUAAACUGAAACAGGAGAGCAGGAGAGCCCGCGUCCGGAGGAAUAACCCCCCUCUGAGCCCCAUUUAGUCUCCUGGAGGAGUCAGGGACAUCGUCAGGAGCUCAGAUCCUGCUCAUGCUGAGGACCAGACUGGCUGGCAUCAGGACACCGUAUUAGAUCUAGGGCUGCAAAUUCUGACUCAAAGGUAUAAUAGAUAACCUUUUCUUUAACAUCGCACAGGUUUCUACACUGAUGACAAAAAUUUCAGAAUUGAUUUCCAGUUGAACCUAAAGGUUUCCUCCCUACACCAGAUAGAUUCACUGCUUUCAGUCAGAGGACAACUUAUACAGCGCAAACCUUCAGAAAUGACGGUCAGACAAACUUCUUGUCAUUUCUUUUAAACAGCGACAAGUUUGGAAUGUUUAAGUUUUUACUUCAUUCAUUUACUUUUGUCAUGUUUAUAUGGGAACUUUUUUGUGACUCAGCUUGAAAGUGCAGAUAAAGUGACAGACAGACUCACCUUUAUGUAUUUAUAUGUAACUUAAUGGCAUACAGCUAAGCAGAAACAGUCUUUUUAAUUGUUUUGUGGUUUGUUUAUUCUGGAAUUUCCGUGUUUCUACAGGACUGAGGCCUCACUGGGAACGCACACGUUAAAUGGACUUUGCUUGAAAUCUUGUGUAAACUACAGCUUUGUCACAUCAAUGACUAUUAGAAAAUUGUACCUUUAUUAUUAUUAUUUCUGGCUGUCCAAGUUAAAGAGAACAUUUGUUAUAUGUAUCUGUGUUAUUUGUUGCUUUUUGUAUCAUGAUGAGCCUUGUCUUUAGUAAAAAUAAAAAUAAAAACACGCCACAGCAAUACAUUUAACACACAAACUUUAUGUGAAAUAAUCCACUAGUGAAUAAAUAAGAAUAAAAAACAAAAUCACUCCUAAA